GUGGAGUUGGACUCAGGAAUAAUGCGGGCUGGUUCCAACUAAGUCUGAAUCUGGCAACUGACCGGGCUCGGGGUGCAAACCAGAGCAAACCGGCCUUAGCCACAGCGCCUCUUCGCGACCAGAGCCCCUAGGAAGCAUGGCACUCUGGCGGGCAUACCAGCGGGCGCUGACUGCUCACCCGUGGAAAGUGCAGGUCCUGACAGCUGGGUCCCUGAUGGGCCUGGGUGACAUUGUCUCACAGCAGCUGGUGGAGAGGCGAGGUCUGCGGAAACACCAGAUCGGUCGGACCCUGACCAUGGUCUCCCUGGGCUGUGGCUUUGUGGGCCCGGUGGUCGGAGGCUGGUACAGGGUUCUGGACCGGCUCAUCCCCGGCACCACCAAGGUGGAUGCUCUGAAGAAGAUGCUGUUGGAUCAGGGGGGCUUUGCCCCGUGUUUUCUCGGCUGUUUCCUCCCACUGAUAGGGGCUCUCAAUGGACUGUCCGCCCAGGAAAACUGGGCCAAACUCCGGCGGGACUACCCCGAUGCCCUCGUCACCAACUACUAUCUCUGGCCUGCUGUGCAGCUAGCCAACUUCUACCUGGUUCCCCUUUACUACAGGCUGGCGGUCGUCCAGUGUGUUGCUGUCAUCUGGAACUCCUACCUGUCCUGGAAGGCGCAUCGGCUCUAAGCUUGCCUCGUCCCAUUGCUCCUGCCGUACAGUGACGCAGCUUGGCUCCGGCACGGCCCGACGACCUCCUCGGGACGGGCACAUCCGUUUUCAUGGGGUUUGGUUGCUGGUCAGAAUGGGACCCGCCCUAUGCAAUGGCCCGUUUCACUCUAAAGUGUAAACUGACUCCUUUUGAAGUCACUAAAAUCUGUAUAAUGGCCUUACGCCCGCCACGCAGCAGGCAUUCCGUACGUACUCGUGGAACCAUACAGCCUUGGCAGCUCCGGCUCGUUCCCGUGUCCUGGCAAAGGCUGUUUACCCCCGCUCUGCUCUUCAGGGAUGCAUUUGCUUCUCUAACCACCCCCCGCCCCAGUGUAGCUCCAGUUCUCUGGGGACCCCCUGGAACUCUGUAGUGGUACUUCCGCAACUAUGUUACAAAAAUGUAAUCUGGAACCGGCGGUGGGUGGGGGGCAAUGA